CUAAAAAAUCUGUCACACUGUCACUUAGGUCAAUCAACAUGGCUGUAUCGUUGUGGAGGACAACUACUUGCAUUUUGAAACGAUCAGUUUCGUUGGCAUCUGUUAGAUAUGGCCAUGGUCCACCAUCAAAACAAGUUGACAUUCAUAAGGGGAAAGUCUUAUCUGAUGAAGUUGGUUUACCUGACAGUUUAGGACACUCUGUUGGUAUUGAACGCUAUGAACUUCUGGCAAAUCAAGCUGGUGAUGACGACCCUUUUGAGAUGAAAGUUGUUAAAAGAGCCAAAGGUACAUUUGAAGAGCCUACCAUUAUUAAAUCAGUCAAUAAUAAAAGGAUGAUUGGCUGCAUAUGUGAAGAGGAUGCCUUGACCAUUAACUGGAUGUAUGUACACAAAGGAGAGCCUAAACGAUGUGAAUGUGGCUACUGGUUUAAGUUGGAGGAGCUACAUCCCAAAACUUAUGAAUAAGAGCCAACAGUAUCUUAGUGUUUCUUUGACUAACUUAACAUUUGACAUACAUUAAUUUUUUAUUAUUAUUACUGGCAGUUGGUUUGUAUUAGAUGAUGUACAAAUGUUGCAGAGAGUUGUUUCCAAAUAGUCUCUCUUAAGGUAUAAUAAAUUGAUUUUAUUUGAUCA